AUGAACCCGACGCGACCCCCCACGUCAUUUACGCCCGUGCUCAAGACCAUGGCUCGCGCCGCGCUGCUCGCCGGUCUUCUCACCGGCAUUGGCGCUGCUCAGGAUGCCAUCUCCUCGAGCACCCUGGGCUUCCACUACAUGGGCUGCGUCGCCGCCGCGCCCUCAUCGUUCCCUCUCAGCCCGGCCGGAAUCCCGAAGCGCUACACGGCGGCCGAGUGCUUCAGGGCCUGCGUCGCCGCCGGCGCGAACUACGCGGCGCUCGGCAACGGCUGCCACUGCGACAAUGCCGCACCCGGCCAGGCUCCGCCGUACGAGUCCGCCGCCGAGAGCGAAUGCUCCCAAGAGUGCAUCAUCGGCGACUGGAGGGCCGGUCGGUGCGGCGGCCCCCCCGCUUCCAACCCCGGCAGCAAGCAGGUGUUUAGCCUCUACAUGCGGACCUCGCUGGCCUCCAUCAGCCAAAGGGGGCUCAUGACCGACGAGGAGGACUGCGACGACGACAAGAAGGCCAAGGAGAAAUCAAAGGUCGUGCCCGUCGUCAUCAAGGCGGCCGACGUGACCAAGACCAUCACGUCGUGCCCCCCCGACGUCGUCAACUGCCCGGCCGCUCACAAGGCGACCUGCCCUCCGGGGGGUUGCCGGCCUGCCGUGACGAAGACGAAGACGAAGACGAUGACGACGACGGAGCCCUGCACCGAGAUGGGGACGCCCCCGCCGGUCGUGACCAAGAUCGCCGUCGACGUCGAGAAGGUCAAGGCGGAGUGCCCGGGUGGCUGCCACGACGCCAAGGUGGCCGUCGCUGCCGAUUGCCCAGGUGGCUGCCACGACUCCAAGAAGGCCGUCGUCCCCACCUGCCCGGGUGCCGGCUGCAACAGCACGAAGACGGACAGCGGCGAGCGGCACUGCGCAGGCGGUUGCAAAGGAACGACGGUGGUGCCCCCGCCGCCGGCGACGACGGCGUGGAAAGCGCCCACCGACGUGGUCGUCGUCGUCAGCGAGGGCGCCUUUCGUCGGCCGGCUCGAACGGCGGGGCUGUUCGGUCUCAGUCUCAUGAUGGCCCUGGUCGUCGAUUUGUUCUGA